CUCUUGAGUUCGCUCCGCUGUCAAGUACAUUUCCUCUGCAUCGGAAUGGCAAAGGGAGAACGUGCUCCAAGUAGUGCGACUGUCAGUGUCGAAUAGUUCGUGUUAAUGUCUGGUGUUAUUAUUGCAUAGGAACAAAUGCAGGAGUUGCUUACCUGGGCGUGUAUAUGUGGUUAGAGGGAAAUCAACGCUCCCGCUCAAACCGGUAAUUUGAUACAUGUUUUAAAAACAUUUGAGCUUUGAUGUUUGAGUUUACAUGUUCCAGUGUUUCUCCUCGAAAUAGUCAUUCGUCUCUUGGUGUACAAUGUAGCGUCGUUUGUGUAUUAGCCUACCUGCAUGAAUGUAACAUGAUAUUUAGUUCGAUAUGACUAAUGUGACUGAAAGUAAAAGCGUAGAAUGGCUUCAACUCGAGUUGGAAUCCGGGGGAAGUUCGCUGCUUUUGUUGGACUGCCGAUCGCACGAGCUUUACGAAUCAUCCCACAUAGAAACGGCGAUCAAUUUGGCAAUUCCAGCAUUGAUGCUGCGAAGGUUUAAGAAGGGCAACAUACCCAUCCGAACUAUCAUACCGAACCACGAAGACAAGGAGAAAUUCGUUAGACGUUGCAGUACAGAUACAGUGAUUCUGUAUGAUGAGUGCACUGUGGACUGGCAGGAUGGGGCCACUGGCUCGGUUCUGGGACUACUUCUUCAGAAACUAUGGGACGACGGAUGUAAAGCAUAUUACCUGGAAGGGGGAUUUGGGAAGUUUCAGACCGAGUACCCAGAGCACUGUGAAACCCUCCUGGACAGCUCCUGUCCCAGCUCCUCUCCCCCCCUCUCUGUCCUAGGCUUCGGAAGUCUCCGGAUCAGUUCCGACCUCUCAGAUGGUGAAUCGGACCGUGAGCCGAGCAGCGCCACAGAGUCUGAGGAGAGCCCCCUUCCCAACAUCCAACCUGCCUUCCCAGUCCAGAUCCUCCCCUUCCUUUACCUGGGCUGUGCCAAAGACUCCACCAACCUGGACGUGCUGGGCCAGUACAACAUCAAGUACAUCCUGAACGUCACGCCCAAUCUCCCCAACAUGUUUGAACAUGACGGCCUCUUUACGUACAAGCAGAUCCCCAUCUCGGACCACUGGAGUCAGAACUUGUCCCAGUUCUUUCCAGAGGCCAUAUCCUUCAUCGAUGAGGCUCGGUCCAAGCAGUGUGGCGUCCUGGUACACUGUCUGGCUGGUAUCAGCCGCUCUGUGACCGUGACCGUGGCCUACUUGAUGCAGAGGCUCAACCUGUCUCUCAAUGACGCCUAUGACUUUGUCAAGAGGAAGAAGUCCAACAUCUCCCCCAACUUCAACUUCAUGGGCCAACUGCUGGACUUCGAGAGGACACUGGGGCUGCACAGUCUGUGUGACAACCGCUCCUCCUCCAAUGAGCAGCUCUACUUCACCACGCCGACCAAUCACAACGUGUUCCAGUUGGACACUCUGGAGUCGACGUGAGGAGACGGAGAAGGCAGGGUUUAGCGGCCAUGUUGCUUCAUCGGUGUCUACAUGGUCUUUUGUAGCCUGUCAGGAAAAGGAAAAGAGUCCUGGAACUGCAGCUGGUAGAGAGAGACUGAGGAGGCUCACCUGUCGUGCAAGUGAUUGAAGUAUGGAUUUUUACUGGAGGCUCCCCAGUAUGCUUUAAAAAAGUACAUACUUUGUUUGGUCCACGCUCUGAUGCCUUAUCGUCUAUAAUAGUGAAUAAUGGUAUGGUUAUUGCAGGAAAUGUCAUUAUUAUGAGCUAACUCUGAGAUGGUUUAACUGUUAUUUCAUAUUCUCCAGCUGUAAUGUGGAUGUGUCAGUUGUUUUCCUAACAAAUGUGGCUAAUGCGUUGGUCUGAAGGAAGAGGUUGGCCAUGGAGAAUGUGAAUCAAUGUUUUCUGGGACCAAACAGAGAUUCUUUUGAAUGGUACUUUUGCUGAGGAGAUGGGGCUACUUUAAGUUGGCCUUGAAUGACUGUAACGUUCAUUUUGAUGACUGUAACAUUCCUUUUGAUGGCUGUAACGUUCCUGUUGAUGGCUGUAACGUUCAUUUUGAUGUCUGUAACAUUCCUUUUGAUGACUGUAACGUUCCUUUUGAUGACUGUAACGUUCCUUUUGAUGACUGUAACGUUCCUUUUGAUGGCUUUAACGUUCCUGUUGAUGGCUGUAACAUUCCUGUUGAUGACUGUAACGUUCCUGUUGAUGACUGUAACGUUCCUGUUGAUGACUAACAUUCCUGUUGAUGACUGUAACAUUCCUGUUGAUGACUGUAACGUUCCUGUUGAUGGCUGUAACGUUCCUGUUGAUGACUAACAUUCCUGUUGAUGACUGUAACAUUCCUGUUGAUGGCUGUAACGUUCCUGUUGAUGGCUGUAACGUUCCUGUUGAUGGCUGUAACGUUCCUGUUGAUGACUAACAUUCCUGUUGAUGAUUGUAACGUUCCUGUUGAUGGCUGUAACAUUCCCGUUGAUGACUGUAACGUUCCUGUUGAUGGCUGUAACAUUCCCGUUGAUGACUGUAACAUUCCUGUUGAUGGCUGUAACGUUCCUGUUGAUGGCUGUAACGUUCCUGUUGAUGGCUGUAACGUUCCUGUUGAUGACUAACAUUCCUGUUGAUGACUGUAACGUUCCCGUUGAUGACUGUAACGUUCCCGUUGAUGACUGUAACGUUCCCGUUGAUGGCUGUAACGUUCCCGUUGAUGGCUGUAACGUUCCCGUUGAUGACUAACGUUCCUGUUGAUGACUGUUUUAAACGUCUUCAUUUGCAGCUCUCUCUCUUAACAUCAGAAUGGAGUGAUCUUGGAAAACAGUAGUUGACAAGUGCUAUGCUAUUUUCCCUACUUUUGUGUCAUCUUCAGAGUAAACAUUUGAUCAUGUAGGAAUGCAAUACAGUAUGUCAGAGCAUUACUCUUUUAUCUUUGUUGAACUGAGACCCUCUGCAAAAUGUUAAAGAUGAAACACCUAUAGUUUUGUUUUGUAAAGCUCAUGUAAAUUGUAAUAAUUAUAAUAGCAUUUCAUUGUCUGCAUGUAAUCAAGUUGAAUUUCUGUUCUGUACCUCUUCUGCCUGUUGUUCCUGUGGCCUUUAUCACACCUUCUAAGUUAACAUAACACUUAACUGUCUUAACCUGGAUAUAGUAUAGGAUUGUCAUAUGCCAUGCUUGAAAUUCACGACUUGUAGUUAUGAUCCAUAAUGGACAUUUGAACCUUGUUUAUUAAGUCAUGGAUAAGUCAUGUAUAGACACAAUCUUCAGCCUGCAGCUACUCUUCCUUUAGCAGAACCAUGUUAAGGGAUGCAUGCAGUGUGUUUUGAUCCGUUCUGUUUUUGCCAGUAAUGUCUCGGAACGAGUCGGCUCAAAGUUGAAUGGUUUAGUGAAUGAGAGAGAGGGAAUGAAAUGAACCGAUUGAAGAUGAUGCUAAAUGUGUUCUUACCUCAUGGAGAGACAUUUUCAGGGAUUUUAUAUAACAUAUCUGUAUUUUGUUACAGCCUCUGAAAUAAAUCAAAGGGCUGUGUUUAUUUGGCAUGUGUUUGUAAAAUAUGUACAUAAGAUUCGCUUGGUAACGGGGGACCUUUUCUCUGAAUCAUGAAGGAUGUGAAGUUAAAUUGACCCAAUUACAGUAUGUAUAGUGUAUGUAAAACUAAAUGUACAAUACAUUUAUGUACAAGUUUAUACAACAAAUAUAUUGUAUAUUUUUUACCUUUAAAUGUG